CGUUAAGAAAGAGGCGCUUAGUUUUCUUUGUUUGAGCGGGUAAGAAAGAAUGAUGUGGGGAGUGUAGGUAGGGCGCGUGCUUCAGAUUAUCGCGAUUCGAUUUUGGUAGCUCCAUCGCCCAGCGGCGCCUAGAUUUCGAUGCUCGGAUCUACUGCGGCUCUAGGUUUUGGCUGGAUCUAAGCGCCGUGCGAUUCCGGAGCUGCGAGAUUUCGAUCGAUCGGGGCUUCCGAGCCCGAUGAGGUAGCGUCCAUUGUUCUUUUCGCAGCAGCUUUGGAAAUGGUGGAGAUUAGCCCGCCGACGACUGGCCAGGUGGCUCUUGUCUUGGGAUUCAUCCCCGUGCUCACAGCAUGGCUUUACUCGGAGUUUCUUGAGUAUAGGAAGCAGCCAGUGCCAGGCAAAGCUCACUCGGAUAUUAACCUCUCGGAGCUGGAGCAUGGGCCAAGAAGAGACAAUGAGAAAGACAGUCUUCUUGAGAAUGGAUUCUCCGUCAGUGGCACUCUCAAAGGCAGCUUUUCUAUCAGAAUGCAGUUGUUUAAAUUUUUCACUCUCAACGAAACUUUUCUCGUUGAAAAUCGUUCGCUGUUGAGAGCAAUUGCAGAAUUUGGAUGUCUACUCUGCUAUUUCUACAUUUGUGACCGAACCAAUGUAUUUGGGGAGUUGAAGAAGAAUUACAGUAGAGACCUCUUCGUUUUCCUUUAUUUUCUUUUAAUUAUCGUUUCUUCAAUAACGUCUUUAAAGAAGCAUGCGGAGAAGUCUGUUGCAUCCGGAAAAUCGAUACUUUAUUUAAACAGACAUCAAACGGAGGAAUGGAAAGGGUGGAUGCAGGUUUUAUUUUUGAUGUACCAUUAUUUUGCGGCUGCUGAAAUCUAUAAUGCUAUACGACUCUUCAUUGCGGGUUAUGUCUGGAUGACUGGAUUCGGGAACUUUUCCUACUAUUAUGUGCGAAAGGAUUUCAGCCUGGGUCGGUUUGCUCAGAUGAUGUGGAGGCUCAACUUUCUUGUGACCUUUUGCUGCAUCGUCCUCAACAACAGCUACAUGCUCUACUACAUCUGUCCUAUGCAUACCCUCUUCACAUUGAUGGUUUAUUGCUCCCUGGGAAUCCUGAACAAGUAUAACGAAGUUCCAUCUGUAAUUGGUGCGAAAAUUGCCGCAUGCUUUGCAGUUGUUAUACUUGUGUGGGAGGUUCCAGGAGUAUUUGAUUUUGUAUGGAGACCAUUCACAUUCCUUGUGGAAUAUACGGAUCCUGGCAAGCCCGAUCUCCCAGUUCUACAUGAGUGGCAUUUUAGGUCCGGUCUUGACCGCUACAUUUGGAUAUAUGGGAUGAUUUGUGCGUACUUCCAUCCGACGGUUGAAAGAUGGCUUGAGAAACUAGAGGAGCUUGAGUGUCGGCGGAAAUUCACCUACAAGUCGGUCAUCGUGUUUGUUGCUUCACUGGUUGGAUAUCUAUGGUAUGUCCACAUUUACAAGUUAGACAAGUUGAGUUACAACAAGCUACAUCCUUACACGUCGUGGAUUCCCAUAAGCGUCUAUAUUGUUUUGAGAAAUGUUUCUCAGCCCCUUCGGAACUGGUCCCUUACCUUAUUUGCGUGGCUUGGAAAGAUCACUCUUGAAACUUAUAUUGCACAGUUCCACAUCUGGCUGAGGACGGGAGUUUCUAAUGGACAGCCAAAGCUCCUCUUGUCAUUCAUACCGGACUACCCCAUGCUUAACUUCAUGCUUGCGACGUCCAUCUAUAUACUGGUAUCGUACCGGCUGUUUGAGCUUACCAACACGCUCAAGAGCGCGUUCGUGCCCAACAAAGAUAACAACCGGCUCUUCCUUAUGGUCGUCUCCGGUGGUACCAUUUUUUCGCUACUUUACGGUGUCUCUUACCUCCUCGUCAAGAUACCAUACAUACUAGUUUAAGCGCAAAGCAUCCAGCGAUAUGUUAUGACGCGAAACGAGCAAAGUGAAGGUGUACAGUACGAAUUGGUCAAGUUAUUCAUUGAAUAAGUACGGUUGAAAAAAAAUAAUCCAGUUUUGUAGGAGCAGCUCCACAGCAAUGUGUACUAUUAAAGUGGCAACAGUGAUAAGCCCACAUAUGGUAUGGGAAAAAUCAUAUUGUUUAGCUUC